UCGCCGCCACGCGCUCGAAGGCCGCCAAUCCACACACGGUCAGCCCCCGCACCGGCAUUCGCCACGCGCUGAUCCCGCUGAUGCCCCGCUGAUGUAUAUAUGACAUGCGGCGCCUAUAAAGUUACACCGCCGCGCGGUUGCAGACGUCCCGCCUGCCCUGCCCGUGCCCACCACCCACCCGCCGCCUCGAGGCGCGCCCGCCCGACUCCGCCCGAUCGACCCAGAGCAGGCGCCCCGAUCGCCCGAGUGCAGGCGAUCCCCAACAUCGACCUCGUUUUUGGGAGCUGGGGAGACUUGUCCGCGUCCGCUACGAUCGCUCUGACUUUGCUGCUCGCUUUUCCCGGCCGUCAUACACGAUACGGCGCGUUUUGAAGAUCCCGCUACGACCUCGCAUACUCAUCCCGGCCACGCUGUUUCCUACCUCAACGAUCACCAUCCCGUCCUCCUCUUCCACCACCACCACCACAUUAGCGCCACCAUGCAACCCCGC